AUGCCCCUCUCAGCGAAGGACAAGGCACGGAUCUUCGGCGGAGCAGGGGGGCUUCGAGAAUCAAGUCAGUCCCAUGAGGGCGGACGCCCACCGGCCACCCCAACGCUCCGGAAGGUCCGAGUCCAAGGCAUGAUGCUGCUUAUGCUCGUCGCUCGAGCCCCAGCCGCGCAUCCCCGACAGAACGGCCGACUUGGCGCUUCUGAUUCGCUGGCGUUGUAG